AAUCCCCCAGCCACAAACAACGGCACGAGAUAGAAAAGCAGAGCACACAGUUCCAAAAUCAGAGAAGGAGCGCAGCAAAGCACAGCGCAACCGACGGCGGCCAAUAUUAACUUGCGCAGUGCAGUCAGUCACUCAGUCGGCAAACCCUCGCCAUAAACAACAGCCGCCAGCCAAAAACACCAAGCAGUGUUGCUUGCCCGCAGCCGCGCGGUGGCAGGGCAGGAGGAAGCGCGUUUGGUUCGAAUCGAUCGAGAUCAAAGCCCGGAGGAGGAGGAGGAUCGGAGCGAGCGCGUUCGAAAUUAGCGAGGCUGGCUGCCGCGAGGAUACCGGCGCCGGUGCGCGCUGUGAUGGCCUGGUGGCGGAAGAAGGUCGUCUUCCCGGCCCGCCGCGUGCUCGCCGCCGUCUCCUCCCGCGUCGUCCGCACGCGCAAGACAGCAUUGGUGAGUGCAGGCAGUGGAGGCAGCAUCCUGAAGCUUCACGGGGACGUGCAGACGUGUGGGUACAAGGACGUGCAGGUGAUGUUCGAGAUCCUGACGUCGUCGGAGCUGGACGAGCCUUCCAAGAGGCGCAAGCAGCCGGCCACGGCAUGGAGGCCGCCGUCGGCGUGGCCCAGCCGGUCGUCGUCGUCGAUCGCGGCCGCGCAAUAGAGACCGUGUUGACCCCAACAUGGAAUUUGGAAGAAGACCGGUUAAUAACACAAGAUGAUAAGAAGACCAACUUAGUAAGUACUUGAUGAUUAUUGUAGCUAUUAGCCUGGCACUUAAUGCCUAAUGACAGGUAUCAUCGGUCAUCCGUCCGUCCGUCCCCCUGCCCGUCAUCGUCUGUCCGGGGAAACAGCGAGAAAUGUCAGCAGCGUCAAGUUGCAGAGUGUGCAAUCUUGAGCCUCUGAAAGUCUGAAUAUCUCUGUACAUGUUGCGUCUCUGUUGCGGCUGGAUUUUCGCAAACCUGGGAAAAUGACGGAGCAAGAGGGGUUUAUCUUUCGAGUGCAUUUCACAUUUCAUGCACUGUUUUCCUGUGAUUCAUGUCUCCUUUAAUUAUCUGACUUUGAACAAAUAAUAUUAUCUAAUCGACGGAUUGCUGUUAUGUGCCUUA